UCGGUAGAGAGCUCCUGCGUCAACUGUCACAAUAGUCAUGGAAUGAAUGUAAACAUGGCAGUUUGUGUAGCAAUUAUUGGAAAAGAUAACUCGCCUAAAUUUUUUGCCUGUCUAAAUCCAGAUGAAGAACUCAGCUUCCAAUAUAAAGUUCUAUCAUCAUUAGAUGUUGUAGAAGAAAAAUUAACAACAACAACCAAAGGAGGAACCGACGCCAGGGAUUUAUUUUUAGGAAUUUUAUAUUCCCUGGAAACACACAGAAUAUAUGGAUAUGUGACUAAUACAAAAAUUAAAUUUAUAAUAGUUGUGGAUUCAACAAACACAUCACUUAGGGAUAAUGAAAUUAGAUCUAUGUUCAGAAAACUACAUUCCGAGUAUGCAGAUAUAGUAGCCAAUCCAUUUUAUGUGCCAGGAGAUCCAAUUUGUUCAAAGCAAUUUUUAAAUAAUGUUAAGAACAUUAUGACUGGAACUGUGUAAUUUUAUAUUUAAAUGUAUUUAUUUCUAUAAUUAUAAGUAUACAUGUAAAUAAAAAAUGUUAAUAAUUGUAGAA